AUGGCCCGCCCGCCGGGCGAGGAGCAGGAGCUGGAGCGACUGGCAGCGCUCGCCUUGCGCCCCAGGCUCGGCGUUCGCGGGUCCCGGCCGCCCGGGCGGCUCCGCCGAACGCUAGCGCGCGGGGGCGGGGCCGGGGCGGGGCCGGCGGGAAGGAGUCGGGGCGGAGCGAGCGCAGGGGGCGGAGACGGGGCGGGGCCGGAGCGGGGUUCGGCGAGCGGCUACGGGUACCCGCCUCCCGCCUCAGUAGGGGCAGAUGCAAAGCACGACGACGCGGCGGCAGAGCCAGGAGAGAAGGAGUGGGCCCCUUUGGCCUUUGUGAACAAAGGUGGCUUGCGGACUGCUGCCGCCCGACCCGAGGAAGCCUUAAACCUCAUCCUGCGGUUCUGCCCUUGGCGAGACCACGCGCGGGACCCGGGAUGGGGUGGCGGGAAACGGCUGUGCGGGGGCCGAGGCCGGGUCGGUGUCAGGACGCGCAGCCCCGCGGUCCCGGGUAGCCGAAGCGAUUCCGGCCAGAUCUCAGAGGCAGUUACUGGGGGCUUCCUUCUCCUCCCGGGUGAUGGGCGUCCGAGUGACGACUGCAACCGGGACAGCCAUCCUGUGACCCCCAAGAAGACAGGAGGUCGCGGGCGGCGCGCCAGCGCUGCGGCGCUGCGGCUCCGGGCGGACCGCUGGAGUCUGGAUGAGUGCCACCGACCGCGUGGGGCCGGCAGCUUCCGCUGCUGGACUGCCGCCCUCGGCGCCUGGGUCGUGCGGGCGUCGGGUGGGCUGGCGGGCGCCGAGGGACUCCAGACCCGGGAGGAUGAGCGGUGGUCCCCGGAGGAUUGCUUCCUCCUGGCUGACGGAUGGAGGGAAGCAGCUCCUGCUAGGCUGCCUGUGGGGCUGCUGAUCCCGGAGAGCGGCGCUGGGCAGGCUAGGAGCAAACCUGCGUCCCCCUCCAGGGAGGCUCACGAGGGUGUCAAGGGGGUCAUCCUCUCUUCAUCAGUUUUAGACUUGAGUCACAGUGGUCUUCACCAUUUAGGAGCGAUCUUUAAAGUUCCCAACCUCAGACAAUCGCACCGUCAGCGGAACGCCCUCUGCACGGUUCCUAAGCGCUUCUCUCAGGGGCUGCCUAACCUCACCUGGCUGCACCUCCGCUCUAAUGGGAUCACAGCGCUGCCUUCUGGGGUCGGCUGCCACAAGCAUUUGAAAACUUUGCUUUUAGAAAGAAAUCCUGUCAAGAUGUUACCUGUGGAGCUUUACCAGACCUACAACACAGAUCCGAUCGCAAGAGCUGUUGCUGCUGUGACAUGUGUCCUACAUGUGAGCACAGGGUACGAGCAAUGCAAACGCGGAGCCCUGUACCUGCUGCUCAAGGAAGACCGGCAUCAGGCCUUUGUGGACCCAGUUAAAAAGAUGAGCGUAAGUGAGGCGCCACCUCCCCUGGUGGAUUUAUCCGCAGAGCGUGAGCCCAACGAAGAAGCCAUUCAUUCUCAGGAGGCAGAGGGAACCAUGGUAACAGAAAAGGCAGGCUUUUUCCCACCUGUGGGAAAACUAGACCUGCGUGAGUGCAGAAGGUCCGCCGAGCCUCCGGAGGACUGGCCGAGCGAGGAGGAGAUCCGGCGCUUCUGGAAGCUGAGGCAGGAGAUCGUGGAGAACCAGCAAGCGGAGGUUCUGGAGCGCCAGCGCCUGCCGGCGGAGCUGCCCCCAGCCCUCACGGCGGUGCUGAGCGACAAGGAGAAGCGGCGACCCCGCCCGAGACCCGUCUUCAGGACAAGGACGCCCUCCUUCAAGAGCGUCCUGCCCGAGCUGGCCCCAUGGCAGCAGACCCAGGGCCGCACCGGCCUGCCGGAAGAGAGUAUCGGCCCAGAUGGAGCAGCGCAGGAGCCCCACCAACUGCCUGUCUCCACCACGCUCUGGGCCCGCGAGGCCGGCUGGCGUGGACGGCGCCCUCCACCUUCUGGUUGUGUUCGGCCAGGGGGGGCUCCGGCGGGAGGUCAGAGAGAAGCGGGGAGGGAGGCAGGGUCCCUCUGCCCUGCCCACCGCUCCCGCUGCUGGGUGCCGGCAGCCCCUCCUUCCCUCACCGCAGGGCCCCGGGGUGGCUGCCGCCCAGACAGGCAAGCACUGCAGGAGUGGAGGGUGCUGGCCCAGAGGAUGCAGAGGAGGAGGGAGGGGCUCAGCCACCUCCCGACCCCACGGAGGAACCUGGUGGCGUCCAAGGUUCCCUUUGCCACUGACCUGAUAGGUCAUGAGAAAAUACCGAUGCAUUCGCCUGGGAAGCUGAAACAAAGCAAAGAGAAAUAACUGCAAGCAAGUCAGGGAAUGAGUGCCUUCCGAGAGGAAAAGCGGAAACAGCACAUCCAGCAACUGCGGGAACGAAGAAGCAGAUUCCGAGGGUCGGCACCUCUCGAGGAGAUAGGGAGGGCCACGCAGGACUUGGAAAUUGCCAGGAGGCUGCAGGAUGAAGUAAUGAAACUAGAACUGAGGUCGACCUUGAACAGAAACCAUCAAUGUACAGCUCUCCCCGGAAGCCUUUCGCUCGGCCCGACUUUGUUGCAGCCUCAGAAUCUAUUUUUUAACACGAACUAUUAAGAACCUGCAAACGUUUACAGAUGCUAAUGACAGAGCAUCACUGGUACAGACUGAGCAUCUUCUCACCUGGAAAACAGGCCGGCAGCUCGCUGCCUCCCCAGGGGUCGCCCCUGUGCAGGGCGUGAGGUUUACGGGUCCCCAUCUGCGCUGCCUAUUCGGAGGCUGCAGGAGGUCUGAGCUGCAUUAAGAGAAUACGGUGACGGCCGCGUGGCAUCCGUUUGCAGCCCGUCGGCUGGCAGAACGUGGUGUCGGCACCUGUGCCCCCCGACCCUGCUCACAGCGGGGAUCAAGCUUUCACGACUGACUAAAGUGGGGCCCGAGGUCCGUGGGGCCGUCUUUGCUGGGGAGGCAGGAGUGCCCUCCUCCCGCCCGGCGGCGCUGCUCCCCUCCCUGGGCGCUGCCCCUCCCCUGGCCCUGCAGCACCGCCGGCCCCGUCCCAGGCCCCCGGGCUCUCACCCAGCGUCGGCGCGACUUAGUCUCUUGUGCCGAACGUCUGAUUAGAUGUGAAAUAAGGGCUUGAUCUUGAAAAGACCUUUGAUUCGAUUUCUUUUUUUUAACAGAUGUAGGAUAACUCAGAUUUUCUAUUUCUUUUUGUGUCAACUUCUUUGGUAGACAUGUUUUUCCUUGAGUUUUUCCAUUUCAUCCAAGUUGUCAGGUUCAUCAGCAUAAACUUCUUCAUAAUAUCCUCAUAUUUUCUCAGUCACUGAGGACCUGUAACAAUGUCCCCUUUCUCGUUACUGAUGUUGCCCCGUUUUCCUUAAUCUUGCUCGGGAUUCGUCACUUCUGUUAAUCUUUUCGAACAACCACGGUUGGCUUUGUCGAGUUUCUAUCGUGUUUUCUGUAUCAUUGAUUCCCGUUCUUCCCCUUCUUUUCUGUUUUCUUUGGGUUUAAUCAGUGCUUAGAGGGAACUUCACCACUUUCAAAUGCAUAUGCCACAAAGGAAGAGACAGGUAAAAUCCAUACCCUGGGCUCCCAACUCAAGAAGCUAGAAGGUGUGUUAGCUACCUGUUGCUGCGUUAACAAGUUACUCCAGAACAAAGCAGCUGGAGGAGUAGAUAAAUAGCAAUAAAGAAUUAUAAAUAAUUAUAUCAUGUAUUAUUAUAUAUGACUAUAUUAACAUGGCGUAAUAAUAAUAAGUGUUUGUUGUCUCUCCCAGCUUGUGAGCGCCAGGGUAGAGGGAGCGGCUCGGCCAGCACUUCUGGCUCAGUCGGGCCACGGGUCGGGCCACGCUGCCGGAAGGCUCACUGGGCUGGGCGUCUGGUUCCCUGUGAGUCCGGUCCUGGGAAAUGUGUGAAGACCUGCUUCACGCCUGCCGUACGACUUCCUCUGGGAAAUGUUCCGUGCGACUGGACGAGAAUCUACUUGGACGUCGCGCUGUUGGACGUCGCGCUGUUGGACGUAGCGCUGUUGGAUGUAGCGCUGUGUGUCCAUCAGGCGGAUUGACGGUGUUGGUCAGAUCUCCUGCAUCCUCCAGGUUGGUUCAUCUUGUCCUGUCGGCUGGAUACCAUUUCCAGCCACGGUGUGGCCUCACGUGUGUCUCCCUUUAGCCGUGUCAGCUGCUGCUGUACGUGGUUCCAAACUAUGUUAUUAGAUGCCUGCGCAUUUAGGGUUGUUGUGCCUUCCUGUUGAAUUAGCCUUUCCGUCAACAGGAAAUAUUUCUCUUUAUCCCGUGUUCCAUACUUCUUGCCUUUGAGGUCUAUUUUGUCUGAUGGGCAUUUAUACCACCACUGCUCCAUUGAGCGUUUACCAAUACGUCUUCCAUCCUUUUACUUCAAUCUUUCUGGGUUUUUAUGUGUAAAGUACGUCUUAUGUAAAUAUCAUAUACUUGGGUCUUCCUUCCUUUCUCUAGCCUGACGAUCUUUGUCUUUUAAUUAGAGGGUUUAGUCCCCUUACAUUCAUAUGGUUGAUUUUAAGUCUCCCCUCUUGCUAUUUGUUUUAUGAGUCUCAUGUUCUUUUAUUCUUCCUUUGCUGUUCUCUGAUAAAGUAAGCAAAUUUUUAAAAAAUUUUAAAUUAUUUUUAAAAUUUUACCCGGGGCAGCGGAGAGGGAAGGGAAGGAAACAUGCAGGGUCAGGGGAUGCAGGGAGGAAAAUACACGUCUAAUUUUCCAAAAUUACCAGAGGAGGUAAAAGGAUCGUACCUCCUAACAGGAUGCAGAGCACAGGGGACUUCAGGUGAACAGGGUGAAAAACGGAGUGAACAGCAAGCCAGCAAAACAAAUACAAAGAUGGAAGGAAUGAAAUCAAGUGUAUCAGCCGCCACGUUGGACUUGCUAAUACUAAAUUGUUCUAUUGGCCUUUUAAAGAAAUACAUAA